AUGAGAGAGCUCAUCAGUCUUCUUCUGGCUCCAUGCUUGGUUUUGGGGGUUAGAUCAAUUCAAGAGACCAUCCCAAUGCAGACCCUACAGUGUUACAACGACUACGUCUCUCUUACAACUUGCACAUGGAUGGAGUGUUCAGAGGCUCAUGAAUUGCUGAAUGUGACUCUGAACUUUAACAACAGCUGUGAAAUGUCCCACACAGGUGAAAACCACACUGACUGUCAGAACUUCACAAUGCACUGGGUGUGUCACAUCCAUGGAUAUCAUCAAGAAAACUACAACUUCAAAUUUGUCCCGAGACUGCAGACAGAGCUAAAUGUCUACUUGUUUCAGAAUGUUCAGACACUCCCGCCUCAAAACCUCACAGUCACCUUGAUGAGAUCAGGAGACUUCUUGCUGACCUGGAAAGCAGCUGAUGGAAGCCAAGGGCUGGGCAGUGCCCUGGAGUAUGAAGUCACUUACAAGCGGGAGUGGGAAUCCUGGAAGGUAAGAGCAGAGGAGACGGGCUGUCCUGGUUUGGGCUGCACCCUUUUGGGCAGUGGAGACCCUGUGGUAAAUGUUGUGCAAAUGAGUGGCCUUUCUGUUCUCAGGGACUAUGAGGAGAAGGCGACAAAUGUUGUUUCGGGUGUGGUGGAAGGGGCUCUCUUCCUUGGCUUCUCUGGUCCGUACAGCGAGUGGAGCACGGAGGUGUCAUGGGAGACCCCUGAAGGUAGCGUGGGACGGAGUGGCCUUCAGCCCAGGAACCUUCGCUGCCUCUUCAAUGGUGCAGUUCGUCUGAAGUGCAGCUGGGAAGUGAAGAAAGCCAUCACCACCUCUGUCCUCUUUGGCUUGUUCUUCAGGGCCACUCCGGCAUCAGCAGAAGAAGAGUGCUCUCCUGUGCAUGAGAAGCAUUUGCCUCAUGUCCCGUAUGUGGUCCAGAGCUGUGAGAUCCCUGUUAGCAACUCCAGCAGUCAGAGCCAGUACUAUGUGUCUGUCCGGGCCAAGACGGAGGAGAAACUGAUUAAAUCCCGUGAGAACAUCAAGGUGCUACCCCCCAAAAAUGUAACAGUGACAAUGACAAAAGAUCAAGAUUAUGAGCUGAGAUGGACAAAGUAUACAUUCAAUAAAAAAUUUAUAAAACAGAGAUAUGAAGCUGUAUACUGGAAAACCAGCCAAAUGCCAAAGUUUUCCAUAGACAUUAAAAAUGAUGAGCCUUACUACUGCCUGCAGAACCUGGAGCCAUCCACAUCUUAUACCAUAAAAAUGCGGGCAAGGGUGAAUAUGCCAAAUUAUCUCAAGGGGCCUUGGAGUGAAUGGAGCGAGGAGUUCACUUGGGAAACGAAGAGUGUUCUGCCACCAGUCCUUCUCCCGGUGAUGCUCCCAGCUCUCAUCAUCAUCUUGCUAAUAGUUGCUUAUUGCAGCUAUAAGUAUUUCCUCAGGAAGAAGCAAAUGUGGGAGGAAAAGAUCCCGAACCCCAGCAAGAGUCUCCUGAUCCAGAGCUACCAGGGGGAAGCUGGCAGCAAACAGCCAGCCAGCCAAGUGGACUUCAAUGGGCAGAACACUUCUGAGGAGGUGGAGCAGGUUAACUGCCUUCAAGUGCUGGAAGGGAUGACAAAAAGCAGUCCAGCAGAGUUUCAUGGAGCUGAGGCAAAGACAGUGCAGGUUUCCCAUGCUACACUGGCUCCACAAAACUCGUGUCAGACUUCUGAAGUGCCACAUAAAACCUCACUUUCAUCAUCUGCACUUGUCUGCCCAUUAAAUCAGACUGCUGUUCCAGCCUGCCUGUUCUCCAAGCUUCCAAGCAAGAAUGCUGCUCAUGCAAAUACUGUUACCAAGACUUGCUUUGCUUUCAAUGGUCCAUACUUGUACAGCCCAGUGAUGUCCUCGCAGCCUGAUAUGCAUCAGACCCUGGAAGCGGACCCAGUGGGAGUCUGUGAGAAAUCUGUUUCCCUUCAGCAUGUGGCCCUCCCAAAGGAAGACUGUCCCCAGGCUCCACUGAGGCAAGAACAGCCAGGAGCAGGUCCUUCACAGCCCUUCCAGCUCCCAAAUUAGAAGGAAGUAACUCAACACCUUGAUGAUGAGAAAGAAGUCUCACUGGUCCCACCAGACUGUGGGAAAGGCAAGAACGAUAGAACAGAAGAGCAGAAAUCUCCAAAGGCUCUCAGCUGUACCAGGUCUCCUCAGCAGUGCCCCUUGGAGUACAUCACCACAGAGAGCCUGUUACUGCCAUCAGCCAACGACUCUAACCAUCUGCCACUUGUCACUGCUGGGGAGUCACCUUGUGACUCACAGGAGCCCCAGCCACCCAGAGACCACUCUUGCCAUGAGUUUUCUCCUGGGAAAACUGGUGUCACAGUCCCAGUUUCAGGUCAAGCACCAACCUCUUCUGAAUUGCACCUGGCUACAUUUGGAGACACUUCAGGUUUCCAUGGACAUUCAGAACCCACAAAGAUGUCCUUACAUAUUUUUUGA